GUUCUUCUCUUGCCAUCCUCCAGUCUCCAACAGUCCAAACCAGAGUAUUAUUCCUUAGGCCAUGUGCGUCCACGAACCCACCUACUCAAUUUGAAUUAAUUAAUGGUAAUGAUCCAUCCCCCAUGUGAGGGCAAGAAGAGUUUUAAAAACUUGUCACCCCAGAGAAAGACAUUUUCAAAAAGCUUUCAUACUUCCUUACCUGAGCUAUCUGAGCUAUCUACGAACCUUGGAAUAUUACUUCAUCCAAUUCCCUUGCAAAGAAAAGAAGAGAAAAAUGGCUGGAGCUUUGAUCGGAGAGGCCUUUAUUUCUGCUUCCAUCCAGGUGAUUUGUGACAGAAUUGCCUCACCCGAGUUCAUUGAUUUAUUUCGGCACAAGAAACUCGAUCAACCUCUCCUCAUGAAACUGAAGAGGACCCUUUUGACCUUGAACGCAGUGCUCGAUGAUGCAGAGGAGAAGCAAAUUGAGAAACCAGCUGUGAGAGAGUGGCUUGACGACCUCAAACAUGCAGUCUUUGAUGCUGAGGACUUGCUGGGGGAGAUCAACUAUGAAGCAUUGCGAUGCAAGCUGGAAGGUGAAGCUGAAACAGCCGACAAAUUUACCAACAAGGUGUGGAACUUCCUCCCUACUUCUCGUAAUAAGUUUUAUCAAAGCAUGAAUGUUAAGAUACAGGAGUUGUUACGAAAACUAGAAGACUUUGUACAACUGAAAGGUGCUCUUGGUUUGACAGAAGUUGUUGGGAGGAAGUUUUCACAAAGAACUCCAACAACUUCCUUGAUUCAUGAACCUUAUGUAUAUGGUAGAAAUGAAGUCAAAGAAAAUUUAUUAAAAGAGUUGUUAUCUGAUGAUGCAAGCGAGGAAAAUGUGUUUGUCAUUCCCAUUGUUGGAAUGGGUGGGGUUGGCAAGACAACCCUUGCUCGAAUGCUUUACAAUGACAAUAAGGUGAGAGAGCAUUUUACCCUUAAGGCUUGGGCUUGUGUUUCAGAAGAUUACGAUGCUAUUAGGGUAACUAAAACUCUUCUCGAGUCAGUCACUUCAAAACCUUGUAAUACGACAGAUCUCAAUUUGCUUCAAGUUGAACUAAGAGAACAACUGAGGGGGAAGAAAUUUUUGUUUGUAUUGGAUGACCUUUGGAAUGAGAAAUAUACUGAU